AUGGGGAAGAAAGGAGGAAGUCUGAAGAGAGGUAGCAAAAGCACGAAACCUCGCAGAGCAAUCGUCGAAGACUUAUACGAUGACGACGUGGACGCAUUUCAUAAACAGAGGAAUAUUGUUCCCUUGGAUGUUAACGAUGAUACUGAUGAAAGUGAUGAAGAUGAUGUGCAACCAGUUAUGAGUUUAAAGGGUGUGGAUGAUGAAGAGGAUGAAGAUUCAGAAGACGAACCCGAGGGUGGAAUUAUUGGAAAAAUGGAAAGUCAAGCGAAGUUUCUACGGGGUAAGUUUGGUGAUGUUGAUGAUGAAAUGGCUGAUGAUGAAAAUGUAGAAGAGGGAAAAAAAACGAACACAUGGGGCAAAUACAAGAGCUCCUACUAUAAUACUGAUGAAGUAGAUAUUGAGCUCCGAUCAAGUGAUGAUGAGGACCUUAAAGAGGAAGAAAAGGAAGUGAAAAGACUAAGGGCAGAACAGUAUAGUUCCAUUACAGAAGCUGAUGCUGGAUUAGAAGAUGAUAGUGAAGAAGAGAGCGACAGAGAAUUAACCAUGGAGGAAAUUUCUGUUAAAGGCAAGAAGGGUUCAAAAUCCAGCAAAGAUAAGAAAGAGAAGGAUGACAUGGACACACAUGUUGAAGAGAUCAAGAAAGACAUCAACUCUUUGUCAAAAGAAGAGCAAAUGGAUGUAGUAUAUCGUUCUGCUCCGGAGAUUGUUGGUCUUUUGUCUGAGUUGAAUGAUGCAGUCGAAGAGCUUGAAAGUAAGAUAAAUCCUGUUAUGAGUAAGUUGAAGGAAUCAGGACUUCCGUUGAAUGGCGGAGCAAGGUACUUGGAGGUGAAGCAGACUCUGCUACUGGCCUAUUGCCAAUCUAUAACAUUUUAUCUUCUACUCAAGUCUGAAGGGCAGCCCAUCCGUGAUCAUCCGGUUCUUGCCCGUCUUGUAGACAUCAAAGCUUUAUUGGAUAAGGUAAGAGAAGUUGAUGGAAAGCUUCCUCCUGGAUUUGAGGAGUCUCUAGCAAAAAGUAUUGCUAAUGGAACGGUGCAAAAGGUUGACAAAGAAGAUGCGCUCUCUUCACCAGUUUCUCCUUCAGCAGUUAGGAUCACACAGGACUGUUACACAGUUGAGCCGGUCAAAAUCAGCAAAACAAAAGAAGACAAGAAGAAAAAAGGAGAGAAACGUAAACACCAGCAGAGUGAUCAGGUUGAUAUGCAGAGUGCGGAAAUGUUAAAACUCCGAGCUUCUUUGGAGGGAAAGCUAAGAAGCAAUAAAGUUAUUGACUCAACUGUUUUAAAGUCGGAUAAAUCUCGGAAACGUCAGAAAUUAGCAAAUAGGAAGCUAGAGACAUUCGAUGACUAUGUAGAUGAUGCAGACAAUAGCACACAUAAUGGAACAGCUAGUAAGAUCUCUAAGAUUGUGUCCGCCAAACGGAAGCCCAAGACUGUUUCUGGAGAUGAUGAUGUACCGCAAAGAGAUGACAUUGGAGAACGGCGUAGAAAGUUUGAGCUCAGAGUUUUGGCUGGAGCUGGUGUGAAGUCAGAGGAAGGAGGCAAGAAUGAAAGCGGUGUGUUUGCAUCAGAUGAAGACAUUGCUAACGAUGAUGAUAAUGACAUGGAUGAUGAUAAUGAUGGCGAACCAGAAGAUGAAUUGUACAAACAAGUGAAACGGAAACGAGAAGCUAAACGAGCUGCCAAAGCAGGGAUCUAUUCAUGGGAACCAGCAGCGAUGCCGUCAGAACCAGAAACCGUUGAUGGAAAACGACUGAUAUCAAAACAGAUUCUGAGUAACAGAGGAAUGACUCCAGUGCGCAACAAGGACAAAAAGAACCCGAGAAAGAAUAACCGGAAAAAGUACGAGAAAAAGAAAAAAGCUCGCGAAGGACAAGUCAGAUCCGUCAGAAAACCUACGGGCCCAUAUGGAGGAGAAGCUACUGGUGUCAAUGACUCAAGAAGCGGGAGCGUCCGAUUCUAA